UUACUUCCUUGAAUCCUGAUGUUAUAUAUAUUUAUAGCUCUGUGAUUUUAGAGAGAGAAAAAGAAAAUCUGAUCUUAUCUGAUCGAUACAUUCCAUGGAGAAACAGGGAAGAUCAAAAGGAAAUGUGUUUCAAUUCAUACCAGGAGCCAACUCCGUCACAUUCCAUAAACCACCCAUCAGUCCUGCACGUGACAAGGGUAGCAGGCCAGAGAAUUGGAGCAAGUUCAAGGCCAAUAACUGCCGCAGAGGCUUCUCUGGUCCUAUCACAUCCAUGAUUCCAGCCGAGGCCAGAAGGAAAUCCAGGUCUGGUAGCUUCGAUGCAGCAGAACCCACAUCCCCUAAAGUCUCUUGCAUGGGCCAAAUCAUACACAAGCACAAGAAGCUCAAGAACAAGAACAAGAACAAGGGCAAGGACAAGGACAAGAACCAGAACCAGAACCAGAACCAGAACCAGAACCAGAAGAAGAAGUUGAUGAUAUCCAAAUCUAUGCCUCUGUCCUCUCAUCGGGAUUCUUAUAAGGUUGAAUCGUCUCCCAAGGAAGCAAAGAAGAAGCCCUUUUCAGGGAUCCUUAGAAUUUUCCAAAGUAAGAGAUCUGAUUCUAAUGUUUUGUUUGAUGAUCAUGAUAAGGACAGAGCAGUUCAAGCUCAAGGUAUGGUGGCGCCUUCACUGGGUAAGAUGAAGAGGUUCGCAAGUCGUCGUGAAUCUCUGGGCAAUUUCGAUUGGACCGCUCAUGUGCCGGCGGCAGCGGUGUCGGAUGACCGGAAUUAUCAUUCCGACGAGGAAGGAGGUGGAGGAGGAGGAGGAAGAAAGAGUGAUGGGGAAGGAGAUGAGGAUAGCAUAAUCAUUCCUCAUUCUGCACCCAUAAUUGUGCUUGGUGGAAGGGUGGCUUUGGAGCCAAGGAAAGAAGUUAAUCUGUGGAAGAGAAGAACGAUGGGUCCACCUCGUCCUCUCCAAUUGAUUCCAUCUAAGUGAUAUGAGCAAUGGAGAUCAGAGAGGAUCUUUGGAUUCCUCUCUUUUUUUUUU